GUACCAUAUCUCCUCUUUGGUAUAUGGUUAAUGUCUUACGGGAACUUAAAAGAAAAGGAGAGCAAGUCGAUCUUGGCUAUGAGGAAGAACGGCUUGAUGUUUUCUUUAGACACAUGUACGAUGUUUUCAGAGAAGGCUACGAGAUGACAGCUACCUCAUUGAAAAUCUUCUCAUGGAAAAAGGUUAACGAUACCGACUUAGCAGAUGUUUAUAAAAUUUUCUUCCUCAGAAAAUGCGAAGAGCCCACACAAUUUCCAACCCACAGUGUACAAUGCUUCCAAUCAGUGGGAGAAUUGCUGCAUAAAUUUCCAGACGGAUGUCUAGUCGCAAGAAUUCUCCAAUUUUGGAUUGACACUUUCCCAAAUGAUCUGGAAAAAGCAGAGCUUAUGAAAUUGUUAGAUCUCUUCACAGGCCUCUUUAUCAAACAAUCAGCUGAAAGUGUAAACGGCUUAAAAGAAAAAGCUGACCGGCUCUUACAUUAUAUUAUGAAAAUAAUCAAGGCGUCCUUAAUCGUUUCUUGGCCUAAAGCACCUGAAUUUUUGGAGGUAUUCAAGCGAUCAGCAUAUUCUUUUUUGGACUGGAUUUCACAACAAGUUGACCUCAGCGAAUAUGCCAAAGAAAACACGAUUGCCCUUUUCGUGCGAUGCUUCGAUCGUAUGGAAAGGUGCGAACCAUUUUCUUGUCAGCUCAUCAAAUCCUUGUGCCUAUGCAAAGGCUUGUCCCUCGAAUACAGGGAAACUUUUCUUGAGGAAAUUAUAAACUUUUCCACGCACCUCGACGAGAACGAAAAAGAUCUCAUUCUGGCUUUUGUAUCUAAAGUAUCUACGUCUAGUCAGACCCUUGAUAGCAAUCAGGAAGUCUUCUCUGAACUCUCAGAGACAUUAAAUCGAUUAAUUUUCAAAAACAAACGUCUGACAAAACAAACUAGAUCUAAAACAUUUCAGCUGAUCAUGAAUCUAGCCAAAGCUCCACUUCUGAGCGUGAAGACUGAUAAUGUAGUUCGCUUAAUAAGGCAUUCAAGGAAUUUACCAGAUGGUCUAUCAUGCUGCGAAGAUGUUUUAAGAUUAGCGACCUCAGUUGCUGCAAUUGUCAAAGAAAGAGCUGAGGAAUAUUUUGAGAUUCUAUUCUCGGCAGUUUUUGAGACUUUGAACGGAUCGAAACCCCUCUGUGAGGUCUUUAGCAUCCAGCAUCAGAAUAUGACUAAGCUACAUAUUGAUGAGGGUUUCUCAAUCGAUGUAAUGAUCAUUUGGAAUGUUGCCGUGGCUGGACUCUUGGCACUGGGUAUAUUUGAUAAGAUGGUUGACCUGCCUUGUUGCUUGCCAGUUUUUGCAAGAGCAAGGGGAUUUAACUCCCCAUUUGAAGCUUUGUUGCUGUAUUUUGAGUUAAGGCGGGUGUUUUCUGGGGUCAUCUUGUUGUUGAGAGACUUUGCCAAGAGAGGUAGUAGGGAACCAUUACCUAAGUCCCCUGUUGGAAACUUUGUUGAUUCUCUGAAAAUUAUCGUACAGUCUGACAUCUCAACACCUGAGGCGAAGCUUAGGUUGAUCCAGAAACUCUAUCUCCUAGUGCAAGGAAAGCCAAGGCUCCUGAUUGGAAACGUCUUACAUUGCGCACUUAUGAAUGUCAUUCCACUUUGUAGCGGAACCUGCCGAUCGGACCAAAAAAAGGAUUUGGACUUUGAUCACAUUGCAACCAUAAUUGAACGUCCUGGAAUGGUGGAGCUACUUGGAAACAUUCCUUCGACACCAUCAAAAUCAAUGUGUUCUAUUCUUUGUCAAACGAUUUCCAAAAGGCUAUCCACGCAAGAUGUAAGCAAGAUCUACGAUUGUUUUGCUUCCUUCAGACAUGCACGAAAAGUAUUCCUAGAACAUAUGUUAACGCUGUUGGAAUCAACCAUCAAGGUUUCCAGCUCAGGCACUGUGGUAGUUCGUCUCCUAAAGGAAGCAAAAGAGCUACUCUGUCAGUUUGACCCAAAACUGAUGCCUCUCGCUAUUUCUAUCUUUUCUUACCUUGUUGAAAACAACGUAACCCCAAAGGAAAGAGCAGCCUUUUUUGCGGUGGUUUUUCCCGGGUGGCAAACUACUUGCGACUCAGGCGUGUGUGUGAGGUACGAAAUUCCUCACAUUCUUUGGAAAACCUACGAAAGUACUAGAAACGGAAAAGGAACAUCUGAGGUCAUGGAUAAUAUCCAAGAACUUAUUGAACGCGUCAAAGACCUGGAAACACGAGUAGUGAAAGAGGCUUUGGGAAAUCCAGCUACCUUUAAUCGUGGCAGCAUAGUUCGCUGCGACUUAGAGAGACUCGCUCUCCACUCCCCUUUAUCAUGCGAAGAUGUUGCCUUAUGUUUCCACCUCUCUUGUUGUUACCCAAGUGUCCACCGACUGACCUGUUUUAACCCGUAUGCAGGUUCUGGUUCCCAAAUGCAAGAUGACCGCUUAAUACCUAAACCUACUCAACGCAACGAAUCCAAGAGCAGAGACGAUAUAAGUAGCCGUAAACAGUUCAGUAAUGCCACCCACCAUUCAUUUGAACAAGCCUCUAUGGCUUCAAAAACACUAGCAUCUCUCUUGACUCCAGGUACGAUUGCAGAGAAAAUGAUGGUACAGUUGAGACGUCUCCGAGGUGAUGAUAUAAAUCUCCAUGAUACCACAGUUAAGCUUUGGAAUUCUCUUUUUGCAAACGAAGGCUUAGCCUGUCCAAUUGAAGCCUGCAAACCUUCAGACGAUUCUUCCGCCUGUGAUAAUGUGGUAAGGCUUUUCCUCUCCUGCUUGGAAAAGGCACCAUACUUUGAAGUUGUACCUACCUGGUUCGACAAUGACAUCCGCAAGGGACUAAGUCAGCAUCACGUCCUUCAAUGUGCCGAAGUCGUAUAUGAGUCAUGUGGAUGGAAAGCCCAAAACCUGGACAAGGAGGGGCAUUUUAAGAUUCAGGAAGCAAUAGCUUUAUUAUUACAAGAGAUCCUUAGAAGUAGCACUCUAUUUCCCAGAAUGCCUCCUUUCCUUAAUGCAACGUCCUGUUUUUGUGAUCUUAGACCCCAACUAGAGUCCCUCCUUUGCAUUCUUCAAAAUUGCCUGCCGUUUCAGAUAACCUUUGAUCUUCUAAAACUCGCCAUGGUAGACUUUCAAGCCGCCACUACGAUUGCAACGAUUGCUUCUUAUUGGCCAUGCAAAAAUGAAGCAGCAAAGUUGCUGGAGGAAGUUAAAAGGCGCUUCGAAAAAGAGGGAGAGCGUAUACACCCACUAUGCAAAGACUUUGUUUGGUCAAUGUUAGAAGCGGGUGGCCGGGUUUACAAAGAUAGCUCUCAAGUUCUGAUAGACAAACUUGAAUGGCUGAACGAUUUCCAUGGCCUUGAUGUUCUUAAUUACGGCCUUGAUCGGCUUCCAAAUUGGCGUAGAUUAAUGACGGCGGACGGUGUUCCUGCCCACGUGAUUGACAACUGGUGUGUGUUUUUUCUCUUCACACCCAGGGAAAACAUUUCGUUGCGCGAUGUUGAUGCAGUUCUUGACAUCAGUCCCACAUCCCUGCAGCUAGUUGCAAAUGCCUCUGAAAGUAUUAAAAGAUGCUUAUUUUCAGAAAAUGUCUUUCAAGGAACGCAUUCGCAAGAAGAGAUAUCCUCUAACUCUUUGAUCAAGGAAUGCUUACGACUGGCCAGAUUCCUAAGCGAAUUAAUCCACAUAUUGAAGGUCCGAGUGCCUGAAAAAACUGCCAUCGAUGAUAUUGUUGAGGAAAUUGUGGUUCAAGCUUGUAACAGGCUUUGCAUGAGUCAUAUGGAGAAAAUCAAGAAGGAAAAAGAUAAAGUCAUGAAUGCAAAAGACGAAACCGAAGAGACAGAGGACAAAAAACAAAAGGAAGAAAAAAAAACCAAGAAGACAGAGAACAAAUCCAAAAAGGGAGGAAACGUAAGCACAAAGAAAAAAGAGCAAACCAAAACGAUAGUAGGCAAUUCUAAAAUGAAAGAGGACAAAUUCAAAGAGAUAGAAGCCAGAACCGCAGACACAGUAGAAAAUGAUGGAGAAGAGAUGAGAGACAAACGCAAAAAGACAGAGGAUGAAAAAGAUGAAACAGAUUACGAGCCCAAAAUUGCAAAAGAUAAAAUCAAAAGUAACAAUCCCUACAGAAUCCUCCACCGGACGCUUAAGGCCCUUUUCAAUGAAAUGUUUGCCAAACAAUCCACAAUCACCGAUAACCAAUCCAGUUUACAAAACUGUGGUGAAGGUGCGAUGGAUUUUGUCUUGAAAGGUUCAACCUUGCCACAGCAUCAUCUUCCAAGUGAAGUUUAUGAGUCGAUGCUGGUAUUAAUGCGACGCUGGUUGUCGGGUAUCGCCAACAAACCAUCCCUUGCUUCCAACGCUAUGAAGAUUGUUCAGUCACUUUUAUCAUUCUCUUGCGAGAAAGAUCAUUCCCAGAUAGAGAAGUUACAAGACGAGAUUCGACUUCAGAUACUAUCAUUUCCAAGAAAUCAGCUUCUUCUAUCCCAGUUACAAGCAGCAGGCUACAAUCAAGGAAACUCCGUGAACUCCCAGGACUUGUGGGCCUCGCCUUCUCUCGAGCUUUCUUGUUUCUUCAGCAAGUGUGAGUUUCAAAGUGACAAACGUUAUGAGACGAAACUAACUGAUGUCCUCAGGCUUCAUUGGAUGCAAUGGAAGGACCUACUUUUCAAGCAGAAUAUUCAUUCUGUAACGAUCGAUGACCACGAAGUGCCUGUGAAGGACCUCUUUGAGACUCACGCUUCGCGAGUUGAAAUGGAGAAGCAGGUGGCAGCUGCAAGGAAAAAAGUCGGGCAGAUUGAGUCCGAGAACGUUAGCAGACAUGUGAGCCAGCUAGUUCGUGAAGAGCAGAAGCACCGUGACAGAGUUACUAAAUUAUACAAGAAAAAAGAAGCAAAACCUUGCUCAUGCAAAGGCACGUGCUCUAAGGGAGAAACAAGGACCAAUCAAGGAUGCCCUUGCAAAACACAAGGUUUGGAAUGCGGUCCUGCUUGCACGUGUGGCUCUGCUGACAAGCCUUGUAAAAAUAAGGUGGAAAAAGAGAAGAAGACAAAACUGGUGGCUGUAUGGGAAAACCGAUUUUUAGAAAACAUUAAACUUUGCUCAGAGCUAAUUCCAGGCUGUUACGCACCCAACGGUUUCCAUUCUGAGAAACCUGUGAUUUGUGCUCUGUCCGUGGACAACAGGAUCUUGACUGUGUUCAAAGAGGAGAAGGGCCGCAGAGAGGAAAUCGAGAAUGUUGAAGUGAAACUCUUCGAUGCUGGUUUGUACGUAUACGGGUUGCAUACGAGUGGUCAUUAUUACGUCACCGACGAAUUGUGGGCCGCGUUUUAUAAAAUGCUUUUGCAAAAAAGAUUGGUGCCUGGAAUAGUAUUGUCCAAUGAAAGCCCGGGGUUUCAUUGGAUCAAGAAAUAUGUACAGCCUGUGAAAGUACAUCCUUGCUUCUGGAAGUGGCACCUAAAUUGCGGUAUCGUUCCUCCAGAAGAAGACUAUUUAGACUACCGCCCAAUUGAAGCAGCCUUGUGUCCUUGGUUGCAUGGACUCAGUGAAUUCCUAACCUUAACAAGGAUAAAUGUCGCAAGGUUUCGUUUUAAAUAUCUCAUGGACGCUAAAGUCGUCGAGGGGAAAGAACAGCAGGCGAGGGAAGUGGCAGGAAAAUUCAACGCCAUUCCCCAACUGAAACAGAAAUUGCACUCGCUGCACAACGACGCCAUCCUAAUAGGAAAACUCGCAUCGAAACUGGAAUUUGCUGUUAAGAAAACAAUCACCCAAAUUGUGAUGGGAGAAUGGCCCACUACAGAAACUGUCAAGAAACACAUUGAUAUGAGAAGGUUCGCGUUUAUCAAAUGUGAACAGUGCAAAUUGAAAAUUCAAAACUGUAAAUGUAUAAUUUACCAAGAGGAAUAUGCAACUAUUGUGCUAAGGGUGUGUGAAAGCGUCCAGGAAACACUCUUAGUUUUACUAUUCUAUGUCUUUCUUGUCAAUCUAUUUGCUUUGGAUUAAUAUAAUUCCUGCUUAGGAGGCUUUAAGAAACCACUGACUGACUGAGGACAUCUGUGGAAAGUUUCUCUGAAGAAAGGCCUCAAAUUCAAUACUCUCCAUUUUUUUUGUUCUUUUUUGUACACGGCCUCCACUGACUGAAGGCAGAGUGACGCCUAGAAGAAGGAACUCUUUUCUUAGACUCUUCAAAUAUUUACGAGAAUUUAAACUUUAAAAAAAAUUGACUAUUAAUCGCUCAUGCACCAGUUGAGUAGUGGGUUCUGAGGCCGUAUUGCACAUGGCGGGCUUGUGUGAAGUGUAAACUCUUCUAAAGGUAAAGAAAGGGUCAGAGGUAGGAUAGUGGGCAAGAGUUUUACUUUUGUCGUUUAGCUGUUUCUUUUGUUUUCUUUAUUUUUCAGAGUGCUCUUUUAAAGAGUGUCGUGAACUAAAAACCAAAGUAAUUUGCAACGGCCAAUCUAAACGAAUGAAAAUAUGAGUAAAUGAAAAAUGAGCCAACGAGAACUCAAAGUAAAAACAUGCAAACUGUCUGCAGCACGAGAAGACAUGGAUGACCAAGUCACUAUUGGUCUUCGUUUCAAAACCGACUUUCGGGAUCAAUUUCUGAGCGAAGUAAAGAUCAACCAAAGCGAUCUCGAAUUACUUUAACCUCUCAACCGAGAGUGCUGUUGCCACAGAACAGUUUGUUCACCAAGCAAUACUACCAUAAAACUCCAUACAUUUAGAAGCUAAACUUUAAUAUCUACCUACUGAUAACAUUCAAUCAAAAAUCAGAUCAUCUCAUAAAUACCUGACUUCAAGUGUUUUUGCUAUUAAUCAUUAGCUCACUAUGCCAAAAUGCUAACUGUUACACAUUAUGUGCUGCAGUUAGCUGAAACCUUACAAGUGUGCCAAGUAAGGUCUGCAGCCAGAGCUAGGUCAUUACACAGUGCAUGGAUUGAACCCAGGGGUAAAGAUAGAUGAUAUGAUCUGAUCGUCCAGGUUAGAGUGUUCCUGGACCUAACUAAGUAGUGUUGUUGGAAGCAUUGACUGAUGAACACAAGUCACCAUAGGAGUCAAGCUCGUAAAACACAGUCUUUAGGAUAACAAUUUUGGAUAACUCUCACCUGGACAAUCAGACUAUAUAAUUACAUAGGUAAAAAUUGGUAACUUUAGUUGCUACCCAUUCAAAGGUUUGAGAAGUGAAAAAAUAAGUUAUCAAUGCAGCUUAAGCACAGAAAUAUAUUACAUAAAAUAGAGAGAGACCCAGUACAUUCUGGUAACACUACUCUCAUUACUACAGAACUUUUUCUACCAAAACUUAUGUGAAAUAAAUGGCCAUUACCAAAUGCAAACUGUGAUAAAAUUAGUCAGAUCUGUUCAGUUUAAAUAAACUGCAUAUUCCUGCAAA